AUGCGUGCUGUACAUCUCCUCCCGCUGCUCUGCAGCCUCAUCGAGGCCAGAAUCGACAGGCAAACGGUCGUCCAAGCCUUCAACCCUCGCCGUAAUGCUAGCUCCCCUGAGACGCCGCUACAGGUGGGCAACGGCAACUUCGCCUUUGGUGCCGACAUCACGGGUAUCCAGACCUUCAGCCCCUUUGCGACGAUGUCGACAUGGGGAUGGCACAACUUCAGCUUGCCCACAACGCCUAAUCAGACUCAAAUCGAGGACUACCACGGCACGGAAUGGUGGACCCACGGCCGACUUGUACAGUACAACAUGGCUAACCCCUCAAACAACGACAUCGCAGACUGGCUCCGCGAGAACCCGCACCGCAUAAAUCUGGGCACCAUCGGCUUCUCCUUUUCCGACGACGGCAAUACGACAGUCACGGAGGACAUGCUUGGCAACAAGGAACAGACCCUCGACAUGUGGACGGGCGUCAUCCGUUCCAGCUUCACAUAUAAGAACCACACCGUCAAAGUCGAGACGUGGGCUGACCCAUCCUCGGACAGCGUCGCCGUGUCGGUAGAAUCCGCUCUCCUCUCUUCCGGCGCUUUAUCCGUCUUCUUUGAUUUUCCCUACCCGACAAAUGACAAGUUCAGCGCCCCGUUCGUAGGUGUCUUCAAUCAGACGGACCUGCACAAGACGUCCCUGUCGACCCCUAACGGAGGAGACACCAACAAGGCCACGAUCCAUCAUGACCUGACCACGACGCAGUACGACCUGUCACUCGAGUGGGAUGUUGCCACCGGCGGUAGUGGUGCUAUCAAGACACCGACCGACGGGAGCCAUCGAUACGUGCUUUCACCCAGUGGGACGGAUACGCUGCGAUUCACGGCCAACUUUGCGCCGUCUGCACCCGCAUCCGUCGCCGAGUUUGACGGCGUCGUGGCGGCUUCGCGGGAAUGGUGGCCGUCGUAUUGGAACAAUGGAGCCUUUGUAGACCUGACGGGGACUCCAGAUGCCAACGCAACCGAGCUUCAGCGCAGGAUAAUCCAGUCUCAGUAUCUGGUGGCUGUGAACUCGGCAUCAGACUACCCUCCACAAGAAUCCGGUCUCGUGAAUAAUGGUUGGUUUGGCAAGUUCCAUAUGGAAAUGAUCCUCUGGCACACCCUCCAAUUCGCCCGCUGGAACAACCACGCCCUCCUCGCCCGCUCCCUCCCUCGAACCUACACCCACCUCCUCCCCUCCUCCCUCGCCCGCGCCAGGACCCAAGGCUACGCCGGCGCCCGCUGGGGCAAGAUGACGGACCCUUCCGCCAUCGACGCCCCCGGUGAGAUUAACACCCUCCUCAUCUGGCAGCAGCCACACCCAAUGUACUUUGCCGAGCUCGCCUACCGCCACGCGCCCACCCCGCAGACCCUCGCCGACUGGGACGACGUCCUCACCGCGACGGCGGACUUCAUGGCCUCGUACGCCUUCCUCAACGAGACGACGGGCAUCUACGACCUAGGCCCGCCCAUGUACCCCGUCUCGGAGAACACGAACCCCAAUGCCACCGUCAACCCGACCUUUGAGCUCGCAUACUGGCGCUUCGGCUUCGACGAGACCGCCGCCCGUAUCUGGGCGCUGUGGGAUCUCGACGAGUCAUUUGGCUGGGAUUUCCCCAUGCUUGCGAUGAAUAGCCUCCGCCUGGGCGACGCGAACCGCGCCGUCGACUAUCUCCUCCACCCGACGUUCCAGUUCGACGACGCGGGGUACCCCGUCGGCGGGACGAGGGUGCCGACGCCGUACUUCCCGAGCUCGAGCAGCUUGCUGCUGGCCGUAGCAAUGAUGGCUGGGGGGUGGGAUGGCGAGGAGGGGUCUCACUUCUCUAGCGAGUGGGAUGUUGUAGUUGAGGGCUUCGUUCCUGGGUUGUAA